AACGCGUCGUGACCCUGGCGAAGCUGGUCAGUCAGACACGCUGCCUCCCGCCCCGUACAUAGCGACAGACGGUAGGAGCCCGCAGACGCAGUCUCUUUGUAUAUUCCUAAUUUCUUACGGCAUCUUCUUCAAGAAAAAAUCUUCCAAAAUGCGUGAAUGUAUCUCAGUCCAUGUCGGCCAGGCCGGAGUCCAGAUGGGCAAUGCCUGCUGGGAGCUGUACUGCCUGGAGCACGGUAUUCAACCGGAGGGUCAGAUGCCAAGUGACAAGACGGUUGGUUCGAGUGACGACUCCUUCAACACCUUUUUCAGUGAGACUGGUGCUGGCAAGCACGUCCCCCGUGCCGUCUUUGUCGAUCUUGAACCGACUGUUAUAGACGAGGUCCGCAACGGCGCCUAUCGUCAACUCUUCCACCCUGAGCAGCUGAUCACAGGCAAGGAGGAUGCCGCCAACAACUACGCCAGGGGCCACUACACCGUGGGAAAGGUGCAUGUUGAUCUUGUCCUGGACAGGAUCCGAAAGUUAGCUGACCAGUGCACCGGUCUCCAGGGUUUCCUCAUCUUCCACAGCUUUGGCGGAGGCACUGGCUCUGGCUUCACAUCGCUGUUGAUGGAGCGUCUGUCUGUCGACUACGGCAAGAAGUCCAAGCUGGAGUUCGCCAUCUACCCUGCUCCUCAAAUAGCCUCCGCAGUUGUUGAGCCCUACAACUCCAUCCUGACCACCCACACCACCCUAGAGCACUCCGACUGUGCCUUCAUGGUCGACAACGAGGCCAUCUACGACAUCUGUAAGCGUAACCUCGACAUCGAGCGUCCGACCUACACCAACCUCAACCGCCUGAUUGCCCAGGUCGUCUCCUCCAUCACCGCGUCUCUUCGAUUUGAUGGUUCUUUGAAUGUAGACUUGACCGAAUUCCAGACCAACUUGGUACCCUACCCACGUAUCCACUUCCCCUUGGCUACCUACGCCCCUGUCGUCUCUGCUGAGAAAGCCUACCAUGAGCAGCUGACCGUUGCAGAGAUCACCAACGCCUGCUUCGAGCCGGCCAACCAAAUGGUGAAGUGCGAUCCCCGUCACGGAAAAUACAUGGCCUGCUGUCUGCUCUUUCGUGGUGAUGUCGUCCCAAAGGAUGUCAACGCUGCCAUCGCAAACAUCAAGACCAAGCGUUCCAUCCAGUUCGUGGACUGGUGUCCAACUGGCUUCAAGGUGGGCAUCAACUACCAGCCACCCACCGUCGUGCCUGGCGGUGAUCUGGCCAAGGUGCAGCGUGCCGUCUGCAUGCUGAGCAACACCACUGCCAUCGCCGAGGCCUGGGCUCGUCUGGAUCACAAGUUUGAUCUGAUGUACGCCAAGCGUGCCUUCGUCCACUGGUACGUGGGAGAGGGUAUGGAGGAGGGUGAGUUCUCUGAGGCUCGUGAGGAUCUGGCUGCCUUGGAGAAGGAUUACGAGGAGGUCGGUCUUGACUCCACAGAAGGAGACGAGGAGGACGAGGAGGCUGAGGAAUACUAGUCAACGAAUCUUCAACAAGAAAAACAAUCAACACUCUGUUCUAUUAAUUCCUUUCUUUUUAAUCGUGUUGAUAAUACAAUGAAUCAUCAGCCAUUUUAAACAAAAUUAAUGGCCCGUCUAACAGAUUGACUGCACUCGGCCAACAAGUUAAUAUAGUUUAACGAUUAAAUAAACUGUUUGAACAACAAUCUCCAUUCUUAUGUCCUCUUAUGAAAACAAACAAAACAUAGUACUAACCAGAGGCAUUGAUAUACACUGUAUUUGUUUGUGAAGUUUUACAACUCUUCACCAGAAAAAAACCUUUUUUUCAGUGCUUCAAUACAAACCAAACAUUAUGCAGCUCAAAUACAACCAUCUAAUACAGGCGCCCUCUUGAGGCGAUUCAUGGCAGGCAAAUGCUUUGCGGAGUGUCGCUCAGUGAAACAACAUGUAUAUUCAAAAGCAUGCCGAUUUAUAAGACAUCGCUUUUUAAACAUUAUUCUUUAUUUCGAAUAAUAGAAGUUGGCAACGUUACACUUCAUAUUCGGAACUAAAUUCAUGUUUAUGAUGAUAAGUUUUAAAAAUUAAAAAAAAAUGUGUUCAAAUUAAAGCAAGUUGCUGUUUACCUUA